AUGAUGCGAUCAUAUGCUAAGCGCUAUGCCAACAACUUAUGGACUAAAAGAAAGAUGAAGAAAAUGUCUAUCAUCCUUGUGGGUGUAGUCUUUAUCAUAUUCCAGAUCAAUGUGCUCCUGAUCACUCCUCAGUUUAAGGAGAAAGAUUCUCUUCCUGAUGAAGUCUUUCGCACUCAUAAGAGCAAUUCGAUUGGUAGCAUCUAUCACAGAGAAGACUUUUUCCUUCCGAAUUAUGCUACAAUGGAGGAGGGUUUUAAGAUCUUUGUAUACCUGGGGAAAAACCCAACAACAUGUUAUGAUCCAAAAGACAAGCUAAAGAGAAGAUAUGCAAGUGAACAUUACUUCUUGAAGAAUCUGAUACCCAGUUCGUUCUUCACAGAUGAUCCUACUGAGGCUCAUCUCUUCUUGAUUCCCUUUUCUUGUAGGAAAACGGGGGGCAGGGUGAAGGUUCUCGCGACGUACGUAAAGAACUUGAUUUCCACAUACCCUUACUGGAAUAGGACUUUAGGUGCUGAUCAUUUCCUUUUCAGUUGCCAUGGCUUUGGCAGCAAGGAUUUUGAAGAAGUUCCAUUUCUCAUGAAGAAUGCAAUUCGACUUGUCUGUUCACCAAGUUAUGAUUCCAACUAUAUCCCACAGAAGGAUAUUGCCCUCCCGCAAACACUAGAGCUCGCACUUCCUGAUGGAGACGACGUGUGGAGCAGGUCAACUGUGGAGUCUCGCCCUUUACUGGUUUUCCCAGAGAUGUUGCUCCCUAGCAGGAGUAAACUUGGAUUCUGGGCUGGUUCUCCCAACUCAGAUGUAAGAAAGAAUCUUCUAAUUUUUCAUAAAAGCGUUCCAGAAUUUGACUUCCAUUUCAUCAGCGAAACGAAAAAAGCUGCAUUACUAGAUGCUUAUCAAAAUGAACUAUAUGGGAGUAAGUUUUGCAUUUGUCCUCGGGGGAAGAAUCAUGCCGGUGGCAUUUGCUUAACAGAGUUGAUGAAUUUCGGAUGUAUACCGGUUAUUUUGUCUGACUUCUAUGACUUGCCAUUUAAUGAUGUUCUUGACUGGACUAAUUUCUCUGUAAUUCUCAAAGAGGACGAUGUUCCCGAUCUAGAGAAAAUUCUUAAAGGAAUACCAGAAGAAAACUACAAGAAAAUGCAUCAAAACCUUCUUCAGGUAGACUAG